UUGACGUUCCAUUUCUUAUUGCGGUUUUGUUCGUCCACAUCCAAAUCCCACGACCCAAUUAUAUACUCUCUCUCUCUCUCUCACAAUCUCUGCCAUACUGAAUGCUUCCCCUGAAAACGUGCUCUAUAAGGUGGUCAUUUGAUUAGAAAAAUUUGGAAGGCUCUGAAAGGAAACAUUCGACGACUAGUUUGGGAGCAGUUGCAUAAAAGGAAUGGUCUCUCAACUUGGAGAUAAUGGAGACACGUACUGGAAAUUCCUGUUCCAAUAAAAAGCAAUCUCUGGAGAAUUCAAAAUCUGCCUCUGAAGAGAAAAGACCUGCAGAAAAAGAAGCAAACACUUCUGUGUUUGUCAACUAUGCGGCAAUUGCUUGGCAUGAAAAUAGAAGAAAGUGGGUUGGGGAUCAACGGCUGCAAAGAAUGGCCAAGGAUCCAAUUAUAAGCUGGUCAACAGCCUACGAGGAUCUGCUUUCAACCAAUGAGAGUUUUCCUGAGCCGAUCCCCUUAACUGAGAUGGUUGACUUUUUAGUUGAUAUUUGGCAUGAUGAAGGCCUGUUCGAUUAGGCAGUCCAGAGAAGUUUAAAGUUGACUACGAUCCCUGAUUAUAGAUGAUAGUCUAAAUCCUUCCCCAUCGACCGGGAAAGCACUGGCACAUAGAAACAAUAGUAAAUCUGAAACUGUUUCCCCUAAUUCUUUGUUACGAUAAAUCUAGACAUUGUUAGGGAUGGCUGCUCGUGGGGAAAAAAAUGAAUGCACCCUCUUCAGUUCAGAAUGGUGAUUUCUGAACAACUUUGAAGCCAAAUUAGUUAUGUAUCUAUAUAUAUCGGAUAUUGGGAUUUGAGGUCCUACGGAGGAUCAUGUAACUGUAGGAUAACAGAUACAACAAUGGCUCUAGGUCUCGUACUAUGCGUCUAUGUCGUCAUUCAUCAACAGUAAUGACCAAAAUUUCCAUCAAAAAAACAGUAAUGACCAAAUUAAUUAAUAGUUUUGAGCUCUAACUGCUCAAAACGCCAAUUCGGUUUUGCAUGCCUUGAAAGAAACAAGACUAAACGAUUUAGCUUUGUUGUUCGUGUAGUGAAAUCGCUUCAUCAUGUACGUGGUAAACUCCCUAGUCUAAAAGGCAAUUUCAAAGUAUUUGGAAACUCUGGCCUGCAUGUACUCUUAACUUAUUUCAGCACUGCUGCGGCCAAGCUUGCCAAGUUGAGAUUGUGCUCGGAAGAAUGGGUUAACCAACCCCCAAUCUCUUUGCUUUCUGUCCUCAGUUCUGACGGUCUCCCCGGUCCUCCUUGGCCUUUUGGAUCUGUUUGAAGCUUUUGUGCUGUUUUCCUGUUUGUUGCAGUUUUUCUUUGUUUAGCAGCUCGACUGCUCUUUGGUUGGUUUUUCUGUUUUUCUUUCUUUGUUUCGGUUGCUCUGUGCUUUGGGGCUUGUUGUUUGUCUCUCGUGCCUUACUCGUUCUUGUU